CACUGAGCUACUGAGCGGAGAGGUUCCUAUAAAGUGUCAGGAUGUCGCUGUCUACUUCUCCAUGGAGGAGUGGGAGUAUUUAGAAGAACAUAAGGAUCUGUACAAGGACGUCAUGAUGGAGAAUCACCAGUCCGUCAUAUCACCGGAUGGAUCCAGUCAGAGAAAUCCACAAGAGAGAUGUCCCAGUCCUCUGUAUUCCCAGGACUGUCUACAGGAAAAGCACAAUGUCCCACUGGAUCAUCAAGAAAGUUCAGGUGGAACGACGAGUGAGCUCAAAAAACCCGGAUCAGUGUCCGCGAAUGGUAAAAAUGGGAUGAGAGUAUACCAUAAGAAUCAUUUAUCUUCCUAUGAUAAAGCAGAAGAUAGCAAUAUCACACAAGCUAAUUCAAUAACUCCUAAUGUACCCUCAGUCCUUCAUAGCGGAGAUAUAUCCAAUGAUACCGCUAGUCACAAGAAACCUUCAUCUAAUCAAUCACUGACUGGCAAAACAAGAACUAAACAGAAGUGUGGAAGAAUAUUUUCACAAGGGACACCUUUUAAGAAGAAAUCUAAUCUUUCUUUACAUGAGAGAAAUUGCAGAGAUAAAAAGUCAUUUUCAUGCUCUGAAUGUGGAAAAUCAUUUACCAGGAAAUGUAUUCUAGUUGGACAUCUGAGAACUCACACAGGGGAGAAGCCGUAUUCAUGUUCAGAAUGUGGGAAAUGUUUUAUGUUGAAAUGCUCUCGAAAGAAACAUCAGAGAACUCACACAAGAGCGAAGCCAUUUUCAUGUUCAGAAUGUCAGAAAUGUUUUAGUCAGAAAUCUGGUCUUGUGGCACAUUUAAGAAUUCAUACAGGGGAGAAGCCAUUUUCGUGUCCUGAAUGUGGUAAAUGUUUUAGUCAGAAAUCAUCUCUUGUGGUACAUCUAAAAAUCCACUUAGGGGAGAAGCCAUUUUCAUGUUCAGAAUGUCAGAAAUGUUUUUGUCAGAAAUCUGGUCUUGUGGCACAUUUAAGAAUUCAUACAGGGGAGAAGCCAUUUUCAUGUCCUGAAUGUGGUAAAUGUUUUAGUCAGAAAUCAUAUCUUGUGGAACAUCUAAAAAUCCACUAUGGGGAGAAGCCAUUUUCAUGUUCAGAAUGUCAGAAAUGUUUUAGUCAGAAAUAUGGUCUUGUAAGACAUCAGAGAACUCACACUGGUGAGAACCCAUUCUCAUGUAUUGAAUGUGGAAAGUGUUUUACUUGUAAAUCAAGUCUUGUUAACCAUCAGACAAUUCACACAGGAGAGAAGCCGUUUCUGUGUCCUGAAUGUGGGAAGUGUUUUCGUGUGAAAUCAAAGCUUGUAGCACAUCAAAGAAUUCACACAGGAGAGGAGCCAUUUUUAUGCUCCGAAUGUGGAAAAUGUUUUAGCGAGAAAUCCGAUCUUGUGAAACAUCUAAGAAUCCACUUUGGGGAGAAGCCAUUUUCAUGUUCAGAAUGUCAGAAAUGUUUUACUCUGAAAUCUGUUCUUCUGAGACAUCAGAAAACUCACACAGGGGAGAAGCCAUUUUCAUGUUCAGAAUGUGGAAAAUGUUUUACCCGUCAAUCACAUUUUAUUCGGCAUCUGAGAACUCACACAGGUGAGAAGCCAUUCUCAUGUAUUGAAUGUGGAAAGUGUUUUACUUGUAAAUCAAUUCUCGUUAACCAUCAGACAAUUCACACAGGAGAGAAGCCGUUUCUGUGUCCUGAAUGUGGGAAGUGUUUUCGUGUGAAAUCAAUGCUUGUAGUACAUCAAAGAAUUCACACAGGAGAAAAGCCAUUUUCAUGUUCAGAAUGUGGGAAAUGUUUUAUUCUGAAAUCACAACUUGUUGGACAUCAGAGAACUCACACAGGUGAGAAGCCAUAUUCAUGUACAGAAUGUCAGAAAUGUUUUAGUAAUCAAUCUGCUUAUGUGAAACAUUUAAGAAUUCAUACAGGGGAGAAGCCAUUUUCAUGUCCUGAAUGUGGUAAAUGUUUUAGACUCAAAUCACUUCUUGUUGCACAUCAGAGAACUCACACAGGGGAGAAGCCAUUUUCAUGUUCAGAAUGUCAGAAAUGUUUUAGUCAUAAAUCUGCUCAUGUGAAACAUUUAAGAAUUCAUACAGGGGAGAAGCCAUUUUCAUGUUCAGAAUGUGGUAAAUGUUUUGGUCAGGAAGCAAAUCUUGUGAAACAUCUAAAAAUCCACUUAGGGGAGAAGCCAUUUUGA